AGGGCCACGAGCCCCAGGGGACCGGCACAACCCGCCCCCAGGUCCCUUAUCUUCGUCCUCCCCCCUGGCCAGCAUCUCCAGCGCCGGCACCAUGCGCGGCUGCGGGUCCCGGCUGGUUUGGCUGCUGGUGCUGUCGCUGGCCUGGCUGGGCCCGGCUUUGGGGGGCGAGGAUAAGGAUGAAGAGGUGAUAGAAGAGGAGGAGAAUGAGAAGAAAGAGGAUGAAGUGCUGUCAGAUGAGAUCAAGGAGGAGGACAAUGUCCUGGUGCUCCAUGAGCACAACUUUGCCCGUGCCCUGAGCGAGCACCAGCUGCUGCUGGUGGAGUUCUACGCGCCGUGGUGUGGGCACUGCCAGCGCCUGGCUCCUGCCUUUGCCCAGGCAGCCACUGAGCUGAGGAACGAGUCCAGCCCAGCCCGGCUGGGCAAGGUGGAUGCCACAGCACAGACAGCCCUGGCCACCGAGUUUGGCAUCACCUCCUACCCCACGCUCAAGCUCUUUCGUGAUGGCAACCGCACCCACCCCCUGGAGUACACUGGCCGCUUGGACAGCCAGGGCAUCGUGCGCUGGGUGCAGCGCCGGGCUGGCCCCAGCGCCACGCUGCUGCAGGACACCGACACCGCCGCAGCCUUCGUCAGCUCCCAGGACCUGGUGGUCAUCGGCUUCUUCAAGGACCUGAGGGGUGAGGCGGCCCAGGCGUUCUUCGAGGUGGCUGCCGAGAUGGUGGACCUGACGUUCGGGGUGGCAGAGGAAGCUGAGCUCUUCCAGGCCUACGGGCUGUCAGCUGACACCGUCUGCCUGUUCAAGAAGUUUGAUGAGAGACAGACAAACUUCCCUGUGGACCCGGCACGGGGCCUGGACACGGCCGAGCUCAUGCGGCUGCUCCGCGUCCACAGCCUGCAGCUGGUGAUGGAGUUCACCAACGAGACGUCCAACCAGAUCUUCGGUGCCAAGAUCCCCCAUCACAUGCUGCUCUUCCUCAACAAGUCCUCAGUGGAGCAGCUGUCACUGCAGGAUGGCUUCAGAGCAGCUGCUGGUGGCUUCCGGGGCGAGGUUCUCUUCGUGGUGGUGGACGUAACCGGCCACGGUGCCGACGUCCUGCCCUUCUUUGGCAUGACUGCUGCUGAUGCCCCCACCCUGCGCCUGGUGAAGAUGAAGAACAACCGCAAGUACCAGAUGGAGCAGGACGACUUCUCGGCUUCGGCCAUCCGCAGCUUCAUCCAGGCAGUGCUGGACGGCAAGGUGAAGCCUCACCUGCUGAGUGCAGAGCCCCCUGAGGACUGGGACACGCGGCCCGUUAAAGUCCUGGUGGGGAAGACCUUCGAGCAGGUGGCUUUCGAUGAGACCAAGAACGUCUUUGUCAAGUUCUACGCGCCGUGGUGCCCGCACUGCCAGGCCAUGGCAGCUGCCUGGGAGGAGCUGGCCGAGCGCUACAAGGACCGCGAGGACAUCGUCAUCGCCGAGAUGGACUCCACGGCCAACGAGCUGGAGAACAUCACCAUCCACGGCUACCCCACCCUGCACUACUUCCCCGCGGGGCCGGGCAGGAAGAUGGUUGAGUAUAAGAGCAGCCGAGAUGUGGAGACCUUCUCCAAGUUCCUGGAAAACGGGGGGACGCUGCCUGAGGAGCCUCCGGUGACCAAGACCCCUGGGAAUGGCACGGGCAAGGAUCCGAGUGCACAGCGGACGGAUGAAUCCCGGGAUGAGCUGUGAGCCCUGUCCUACUCAGGCAUGUGCUAUAAACCACCUGGA